GGUUCCGGGCCCUGGCUCAGCUUCCUCUCUCCCGGCCUUACCUCCCUCUGGGAGGAGGUGGUGCGUUUCAUCUCCGCCUGCCUCCCUGGCGCGACCUGCCAGGGCACCGGAGGUCUGAAGAGCCAGGUGGCGAUAGAGGACUCCGGUCGGAACCCCAUGCGGGGAUUGCCUCGACGUCCUCUAGGCUUCCGCUUCUGGAGGAAGAGCCUGAGGCAGGCGGGGCUCGUAACGUAAAAUGCCAAGGCCCUGUCGGCCAGCCUUUUUCAGAUGGAUGGGGAACAUCUCGCAUUGGAGUGUUCUGUCCUGUUUCUACCUUACCAGAAUUUGAAGGUUCUGCACCAAUAAUUUCUUUUCCAUACCUUACACAUUAUCAGCGUAUUUUGUACCAGUGCAAACCAGGAUUUAAAUUAAUCAAUGAAAAAGUAAGCGUCAUGGUGUGUCAUGAUGGUACCUGGAAACCAAAGAAAGAUUUUUGCGAAAAAAUACAUUGUGGGCAGCCUCCAAAUAUUAUUGAUGGAUUUCACAAUGGAAAUGCAACCACUUACCCUAUUGGAACAAUAAUAAAUUACCGUUGCAGUAAAAAUUUUUCCCUUAUAGGGGCAUCAUUUAUGGUGUGCAGUGCUAAUAGAAAUCUUACAGGGCUGUGGAAGGAGAAGCCACCCAUAUGCAAAGAGGUAUUCUGCAAAGAUCCAGUGGUGGAACAUGGAAUAAAGAUAACUGAACUUGGGAAGCCAUAUAUAUAUCGAAGCAAUGUUACAUUUCAAUGCAAAAUUGGAUAUUUUAUGAUUGGAAGUUCUUUGAUUCGAUGUGAAAAGAACAACAUUUGGGUUCCCAUAGCACCGUUAUGUAAAAAGAUUUCUCCAGACAUAUGUGGUACUCCAUUGAUUCUCAAUGGCAACAUACAGCCUUUGCAACCUCAGUAUGAAACUGGAAAAACAGUUGCCAUAAGUUGCAACCAGAACUAUUCUUUUAUUGAUGACACCACAGUGAUGACUAUACAGUGUCAAGGCUAUAAUCUCUGGAAUCCUCCCGCACAAUUAUGUUUCUUUAGAACUUCACCAGAUAUUUUUCACCUUUUCAUCAAUCAUGGAAAAAUAGUCCUUGGGAAGAAAAAAUAUUACGACCCUGGAGAUGAGGUGGUUAUUGCAUGCCAUGCUGGCUAUGUAUUGAUAGGACCAUCUAGAAUUAAAUAUAUUGGUGGGAAGAAAUGGUUUCCUAGUAUUCCAAAUUGUCAUCUGAGUAUCUUCCUCAAACUAGUUAUAUUUGGGUGUUCAUUACCUGUGUUGAUUCUGGCAGUCAAAAUGUUUUACCAGAAAUAUUUAGAAGAAAGGGAUAGUAGUAGAAGCACAGAGGCUCAUAUGAUUAGGACGCUAAGUUAAUUUGCAAGUCUACAUUUGAAGCUCAAGUUCUGCUGAAUGUCAGGAAGAGCUCCCGUCAUUCGCUCCAGCUCUUGCCCACCUAGCAAUUCGAAAGCCUGCAAAUGUGAGUAGAUAAAUAGGUACCAGUUCGGUGGGGUCAUUAAUGGGGAUAUGAGAGAAGCACCCAAUUGGGCACCAUAUGGGCAAUGGUGAUGUCAUUAGCUAUUUUUUUUUCACCAUGGAAAUGACUCGGUGCUUCCAACAUGGAAGUACUUCUAGUAGUAGUGAUAGUACAAAUUGAAGUAAGAUUCACAAACGUUCUUAUUGGAACACCUUUAAAUUACAGAAGAAAAAAACUAGCUAUCACUUUCUAAUAUAUAAUUGGUAUGUUUAUCUUGUGUCCAUUAUUCUACUGGCUGUUCAUAAUUUUCUAAAUGCUAUUCUGUUUACCAUAUUAAACCUGUAUUCUGACAUAUUUUAUUAUUCUGCCUAUAGGUUAGUUCUCUGAUAUCCUUUAUUUUUGUGUAAUUUAUAAUCUUCUACUCUAGCUUCCAAUUUGUUUUAAUUUUUUUGUGGUCCUAAUUCCAAAAUUACAAAAGGAUCUAAGACUCCAUCAUAAAAAGUCCACAAAAUUUAUUAUCAAGAUAAUCACAUCUAAUAAUGCUCAGUACAAUCAGUGUGCCAGCUGUAUCACACUCCUGGGUCUCUGUGCCCACUGACAAAGCCCUGUGUUUCAGGAUCUUUCAAAAGGUUAGCAAGAUCAGGGCCAAACUGAUCUCUGGGGAGAAAAUAUACCACAUAUCACGGUAAGGCAUUUCUCUGAUGGGUAUGACCCAUUGUGUUCCAGCUUUAUUCUCUUGUAACCUCCUCCAAUGAAUGUAAAUACAAACUUUAAUUGCCUUUUCUUACUGAUGUCUUACUGACAGACAUUUCUUUUUCUUAACAGGUGAACAAGAGAAAGCCAGAGAAGAAUGAAAAAGAAGAAAGUACUGACACAGCAGCUAUAAUAGUUGCUUGGCUGCCUGGAGCAUGAGUAGAAUUUGUUCCAACAUGAGAAAAAAGACAAUUGAAUGAGCAAUGACGUAUUCUGCAGUAUGUUCAGAGAGUAUCCGGCAUCAUUGCUUUAGUGAAGGAGCUCAGUAGCAGCAACUGCCAGGUUCUCUGGCUGGUAUCCUAUUGCUUUUACUCAUGUUUGGUGGAGUGAUAUGGAUUGCUUUUACAAAAAAAAAAAAUGGUGAGUAUAUAUAUGUAUCUUAAUUUAUAUGGAAGACCAGCUAAUCCCUAUUUGAUUUUUUCAAAUCUUUGUCUUAGCCCUCAAGACACUUCUCAUAAUUAUGAUUUAGAAUUUGAUAACUUUAUCUUUAUAUAUGCCUCAGCAAUAAUCUUCAAUGCAAUUUUGUAUCUAAAAAUACUAAAAACUUUUAGCAUUUGGCACUGAUUUAUUCUUCAGCCAAAUGUGAAUCCGCAUAUAGCUUAAAAUGCAGAAAUAAACUAACAAAUAGAGUGUGACUUUCCCAUUUAAUGCCCGCAAAUUUAAAUAUUUUUUGGGAAAGAAAUAAAUGAAAUUUGAUUGACACAAUAGAUUCUAGUUAUUUGUUACUGAAACAAAGAACGUCGGUUGAAAAUACUCUUAAGGAAGUGGCAAUCACAAUUUAGGACAAUAUCAAAUAUCAAAAUGUAACAUGCACUGAGAGAAACACAGUGAUUUUAUGAUGUUUUGCCAUUCUCAUCAGCUGCGCUCCAUCAAUGCUCACUCUUUUUUAAGUUUUACACUGAACAACGCAUGACCCAUUAGGUCAGCAUUUCAGGGAUAUUUCCUUAUCUAAAAAGGGAGACAGAAUUAGCAUGGGUGGGCAAAAAAAAUCAGUGGGAGUGAUGACUUCUGACUUCUUGUCAGCUUCCCCAUUGAACUUUCUUGUGAAAUCAGAAAUAUUCUCCCUGUCCUCCCAGUUACACAAUACUUGCAUAGGUCCUAGUCUUUUGUACAGCAGUUCACUGACAAACUCACCUGGAUUUGCCAGUGUUUUGAUGUCUCUCAAGGUGGUGAUUAGGGUACUGUUUGCAUGUUAUUUGGGACUCUUUCAGGUUUGUAAACAUAAAGGAAGUGGAAAAGAUACUGUCUAGACUGGUUUUGCUGCAUGUGAUUUGGUCUUAUGCCAAUCCUGGCUAUUGCAAAGUGUAUAUGGAAAAAUGAUCACCUGGAUCCCUCAGAUUGUUAAUAUCUUCAUGAAGAAAAGCUGCCAACAGCAUUGAAGGUUGUGGUGCAUUCAUUUUCUAGGAAACCAUCUCUGGACCCUCUGCUCCUAGAUAACAAUUGUAGUAAUUCAAGCUUGUAGCUGAAGCUGAAACUAAAAGGUAUUGCUCAGUUAAAAUGACAGUACUGAGCUAUUAAGUCCCAAAGGACAUUGAGCUAGCUAUUGCCUUGAUGGCUUUCAGAGGUUAUUAAAAACUAGUUUUUUUCUGGUAAGCACUCAAAUAUUCCUAAUCUAGUGUGGCAUCACUUACUUUAUUCUUUUGUAUUUGUGAUUUUGUUUGUUAUGCUGUUUGUUGGUAAAGGAAGAUGGUCUGUGCAGAGUAGCAUCAGUUAAAAAUAAAUUCAAGAGCUUUUGAAAUUCCAACAAGUGUUUGAGGAAAGAUCUUGAACUCAGUUCAAAUUCAUUUUUCUAGAGAGAAAUUCCAAUCAUUCAUCAAUGUGUAUUCACUGGUGGCAAAAUACAGAAAUUAUUGUAUUUUUACAAAAAUCUGACAGCAAUGGCAUCUAGUGUUGGUUUUAUAUUACACUUUCAUAUCAAAUAGAAAUUAUUUUUAACAUUUUGUACAUUUUUUUUCUUUACACUGUUGAAACAAAGAUUUUUUUUUAGAACAGCAAAAUUCUGCAAUAGAAACAGGCAGAUAUUUUAAAUAAAUGUAAAUCAGCUUUCUAUUACAAUUAAGGCAAUUUUAACAAAAGCCAAUGAUUCAAUAACAUGUAUAAAAUAAUUAAAAUAGUGAUAAAAAUAAACAUUAAAAUUUAAAUAAAUAAAAUGUUUGUCUGCUAUUAGCUGAAAAUGUAUAGUGGAAAUAUAUGGGCAUUUCUCUCUCUCUCUCUCUUUCUCUCUCUCUCUCUCUCUCUCUCUUUCUCGAUAUAUGCUAGUUUAUUGUCAAUCCCUAAUGAAAAAUUAUUGAGUGACACAGAAAUAGAAUAAAAACCACAUUUUUUCUGUAUGUUUAUUAUCCAUUCAACAUAUCUUAAUUUUUUUUCUUAACCACUUUUAACACCAAAAACCAUGUUUUCCAAAAAAUAAAACCCAACGGGAAAAUAUGCCCUAGUAUGAUUUUUCAUGAAGCUCGUAAUAUAAGCCUCACCCCAAAAAUAAGCCCCAGUUAAGAUUGCCAGCUAGACGGAUGCAUUUAGUACUGUAUUUCUCCCAAAA